AUGUUGAGCUCAGGCCACAGGAAGCCCAACAACAACAAAUGUCAUAUCAACUAUGACCCUGGGGCAUGCCCCAAUAAUAACCUUCGUGGUGACUAUGACCCUGGGGCGUGCCCCAAUAAUAACCUUCGUGGUGACUAUGACCCUGGCACAUGCCCCAAUAGUUACCUUCGUGGUGACUAUGACCCUGGGGCAUGCCCCAGAAAUAACCUUCGUGGUGACUAUGACCCUGGGGCAUGCCUCAAUAAUAACCUUCGUGGUGACUAUGACCCUGGGGCAUGCCUCAAUAAUAACCUUCGUGGUGACUAUGACCCUGGGGCAUGCCUCAAUAAUAACCUUCGUGGUGACUAUGACCCUGGGGUAUGCCUCAAUAAUAACCUUUGUAAUGACUAUGACCCUGGGGCAUGCCCCAAUAAUAACCUUCGUGGUGACUAUGACCCUGGGACAUGCCUCAAUAAUAACCUUCGUGGUGACUAUGACCCUGGGAUAUGCCCCAGUAAUAACCUUCGUGGUGACUAUGACCCUGGGAUAUGCCCCAGUAAUAACCUUCGUGGUGACUAUGACCCUGGGACAUGCCCCAGUAAUAACCUUCGUGGUGACUAUGACCCUGGGGCAUGCCCCAAUAAUAACCUUUGUAAUGACUAUGACCCUGGGGCAUGCCCCAAUAAUAACCUUUGUAAUGACUAUGACCCUGGGGUAUGCCUCAAUAAUAACCUUCGUGGCGACUACGACCCUGGGACAUGCCCCAAUAAUAACCUUUGUAAUGACUAUGACCCUGGGGCAUGCCCCAAUAAUAACCUUUGUAAUGACUAUGACCCUGGGGCAUGCCCCAAUAAUAACCUUCGUGGUGACUAUGACCCUGGGGCAUGCCCCAAUAAUAACCUUCGUGGUGACUAUGACCCUGGGGCAUGCCUCAAUAAUAACCUUCGUGGUGACUAUGACCCUGGGAACUUUCGUGGUGACUAUGACCAUGGGGAAUGCCUCAAUAAUAACCUUCGUGGUGAGUAUGACCCUGGGGCAUGGCCCAAUAAUAACCUUCGUGGUGACUAUGACCCUGUGGCAUGGCCCAAUAAUAACCUUCGUGGUGACUAUGACCAUGGGACAUGCCCCAGUAAUAAUCUUCGUGGUGAUUAUGACCCUGGGGCAUGCUCCAAUAAUAACCUUUGUAAUGACUAUGACCCUGGGGCAUGCCCCAAUAAUAACCUUCGUGGUGACUAUGACCCUUGGGCAUGCCUCAAUAAUAACCUUCGUGGCGACUACGACCCUGGGACAUGCCCCAAUAAUAACCUUUGUAAUGACUAUGACCCUGGGGCAUUCCCCAAUAAUAACCUUCGUGGUGACUAUGACCCUGGGACAUGCCUCAAUAAUAACCUUCGUGGUGACUAUGACCCUGGGACAUGCCCCAGUAAUAACCUUCGUGGUGACUAUGACCCUGGGACAUGGCCUAGUAAUAACCUUCGUGGUGACAAUGACCCUGGGGCAUGCCCCAAUAAUAACCUUUGUAAUGACUAUGACCCUGGGGCAUGCCCCAAUAAUAACCUUCGUGGUGACUAUGACCCUGGGGCAUGCCUCAAUAAUAACCUUCGUGGUGACUAUGACCCUGGGGCAAGCCCCAAUAAUAACCUUUGUAAUGACUAUGACCCUGGGGCAUGCCCCAAUAAUAACCUUUGUAAUGACUAUGACCCUGGGGCAUGCCUCAAUAAUAACCUUCGUGGUGACUAUGACCCUGGGACAUGCCCCAAUAAUAACCUUCGUGGUGACUAUGACCCUGGGACAUGCCCCAAUAAUAACCUUCGUGGUGACUAUGACACUGGGACACGCCCCAAUAAUAACCUUCGUGGUGACUAUGACCCUGGGGCAUGCCCCAAUAAUAACCUUCGUGGUGACUAUGACCCUGGGGCAUGCCCCAAUAAUAACCUUCGUGGUGACUAUGACCCUGGGGCAUGCCCCAAUAAUAACCUUCGUGGUGACUAUGACCCUGGGGCAUGCCCCAAUAAUAACCUUCGUGGUGACUAUGACCCUGGGGCAUGCCCCAAUAAUAAGCUUCGUGGUGACUAUGACCCUGGGGCAUGCCCCAAUAAUAACCUUCGUGGUGACUAUGACCCUGGGGCAUGCCCCAAUAAUAACCUUCGUGGUGACUAUGACCCUGGGACAUGCCCCAAUAAUAACCUUUGUAAUGACUAUGACCCUGGGGCAUGCCCCAAUAAUAACCUUCGUGGUGACUAUGACCCUGGGACAUGCCUCAAUAAUAACCUUCGUGGUGACUAUGACCCUGGGACAUGCCCCAGUAAUAACCUUCGUGGUGACUAUGACCCUGGGACAUGGCCUAGUAAUAACCUUCGUUGUGACUAUGACCCUGGGGCAUGCCCCAAUAAUAACCUUCGUGGUGACUAUGACCCUGGAGCAUGCCCUAAUAAUUACCUUUGUGGUGACUAUGACCCUGGGGCAUGCCCCAAUAAUAACUUUCGUGGUGACUAUGACCCUGGGGCAUGCCCUAAUAAUAACCUUCGUGGUGACUAUGACCUUGGGGCCUGGCCCAAUAAUAACCUUCGUGGUGACUAUGACCAUGGGACAUGCCUUAAUAAUAACCUUCCGUGA